AUGCACAAGAUACAGAUGUCCAUCCUGCUCGCCUUCUUGUGUUUUCUCCUGGUCACUUUAUCGCAGUCUGCUGCCGUUUCGGAGGCAUCACGAAUCUCCCGCCAUAAAAGACAAUCAGCAGACGUGAGACUAGCCGAAUAUCUGGCCUGGAUUGCACUGAAUGGAAGACGGCCUAAUGAUUGUCAAGAAGUCGCAUGUGGCGUAGUUGAUGUGGCUGCCAGUGGGAAGAAAAAGAGAGAUUUUCAGCCCGUGAACGUGUCGGAUGAGGAGAGAUACACCUUACUGAGGUACCUCAUCCAGAAAGCUGCCCAGGAGAACAAUUCGUUAUAG